GUGGCGGGAGGAAUGGGGCCCGAGGCGAAGAGAGCACAUUCGCAGGGUGCGAGGCAGCGUUAAUUUUACCCGUGCCUCCUUAUUUCUGCUCAGUCUCACCGCUAGAACCUCGAGGGCGGCAUGUCCAGGCCACGUGGCACCAGGCGUGAGCCGGAACCUGUUGUUUCAGGAGCCGGUGAGCUUUGAGGACGUGGCCGUGUACUUCACUCAGAAUGAAUGGGACAUCCUGGACCCUGUGCAGAGGGCCCUCUACAGGGAGGUGAUGCUGGAGAACUAUGCAAAUGUGGCUUUCGUGGGGGGCGAGACCAGAAUUGAGAAGGAAAAAUCCACUCCAAAGGAACACAUUGCCAAAGAAUCAGAGUCCCGCAGACUGACACUGGCAGGGCUGCCAGGGAAUGUUCCCCAGGACCUUGAUCUUGGGAGCAGCCCAGGGCAGCAGCACAGCCACUGGGUAGUUACGAAGGCAGAGUCAGAGAGGAGAAAUUUCACUGAUGGGUCAUUCCAGUAUCAUGAGGCCCAGGCUAUUGAGAGUGGGGAGAAGUGUGAGAAAUUAGCAAAAAACAUUAGCGUCAACACACAACUCACCGCGAAUCAGCCAGGUCCUGGUGGUCAGAUACCUUAUGAAUGUAGAAAAUGUGACAGAUACUUCAGUCGAAUGGCCGACUUCCACCGACAUCAGAGGUGUCACACUGGUGAAAAGUCUUUUGGAUGCAAAGAAUGUGGGAAAGACUGCAGGUGUAACUCCUGUAACUCACUACUUACUCGGCAUCAGGUAGUUCACACUGGAAAGAAACGACUUAAAUGUAAAGAGUAUGGGAAAGGCGUAAGUUCAGACACAGCCUUGACUCAGCACCAGAGAAUCCACACUGGAGAGAAGCCCUAUGAGUGUAAGGAGAGCGGCAAGGCCUUCAGUAGCAGCUCUGUCUUCCUCCAGCACCAGAGGUGCCACACUGGGAAGAGACUCUAUGAGUGUGAAGAGUGUGGGAAGCAACUGAGCUCCAACACAGCCUUGACUCAGCAUCAGCGCAUUCACACCGGGGAGAAGCCUUUCGAAUGUAAGGAGUGUGGGAAGGCAUUCGUUCAGAAAUUCACCCUGGUUCAGCACGAGCGAGUGCACUCUGGUGAGAGACCUUACGAGUGUAAGGUGUGUGGGAAAACCUUUAGCUGGUGUGGAAGAUUCUUUCUACAUAAGAAACUCCACACGCAGAAGGCAUCUGUCCAGGAGGAGGACUAGCCACAGCUGGGCUCACUGCCUCUCCUGGUGUCUCUCCGUCUUCAUGUUUUUUGUCAGUGUCAUCACUGUUCUUCCUGGACUGUGCUCAUUCUUUUUUCAAAAAAAUCCUCACCCAAGGAUAUGUGUAUUGAUUUGAGAGGGAGAGGGAGGGAGAGAGAGAGAAACAGCGAUGUGAGAGAAACAGUGAUCGGUUGCCUUCCGUAUGUGCC